AUGGCUACUCUACAAGAACCCGGAAAGAAAGAUGUCAGACAAAGAGGUCACUCCGCUAUCGACUUCAAAUCCGCUACCACCGGUGUGGCUGCCAAGACCAUGAGAAAUGAACUCAACAGAAUGGUCUCUGGUGAGACUGAUCCUCAAAAGAGGAAAAUCUUCGAGGCUGAAAUGCAAUCAUUCUUCCUUCUCUUCAACCGCUUUUUGACUGAGCGAGCCAAGGGCGAGAAGCUUGAUUGGGAGAAAAUCAACUCUCCUAAACCCGAACAAGUUCGACCUUACGCUGUUCUUGAUAAUGUUGACCCCUCAAUCCUUAACAAGCUUGCUGUCCUCAAACUCAACGGUGGUCUCGGUACCACCAUGGGGUGUGUUGGUCCUAAAUCAAUCAUUGAAGUCAGAGAAGGUAUGACUUUCUUAGAUCUUUCAGUUAGACAAAUUGAGCAUCUCAACGAGAAAUACAAUGUCAACGUUCCUUUCAUCCUCAUGAACUCUUUCAACACCGAUGAGGACACCGCUCGAAUCAUCCAAAAAUACCAAAAUCAUAACAUCAACAUCCUUACCUUCAACCAAUCUCGAUACCCCCGAGUCGACAAAGAAUCUCUCCUCCCAUGUCCUCAAGAGACUACCUCCGACAAAGCUAACUGGUACCCUCCAGGACACGGUGAUAUCUUUGAUGCCUUAACCAACUCCGGUCUCCUUGACAAACUUAUCGCCGCCGGUAAAGAAUACAUCUUCAUCUCCAAUGUUGAUAACCUUGGUGCCGUUGUUGAUCUCAACAUCAUGCAAACCAUGAUUGACGCUCAAGCCGAGUACGUCAUGGAGGUCACCGACAAGACAAAGGCCGAUGUCAAAGGUGGUACCAUCAUUGAUUACGACGGUAAAGCCCGACUUCUCGAAGUCGCUCAAGUACCCAAGGAUCACUUGGAUGAGUUCUGCUCCACCCGAAAGUUCAAAAUUUUCAACACCAACAACAUUUGGUGUAACUUGAAGGCCAUCAAGAAAGUCAUGGAUGAGGAUGCUCUUAACCUUGAAAUCAUUGUUAACAACAAGGUCACAGACGGAGGACAAGCCGUUAUCCAACUUGAGACUGCUAUCGGUGCUGCUAUCAAGCACUUCGACAGUGCCAUCGGUAUCAACGUCCCUCGAUCACGAUUCUUGCCCGUUAAGUCAUGCUCUGAUUUGCUUUUGAUCAAGUCUAAACUCUAUAACCUUGAACACGGUGUAUUGACAAUGGACAAAUCCCGAGAAUUCGGUGGUACCCCUGUAGUCAAGCUCGGAGACCAAUUCAAAAAGGUUGCUAACUUUGAGAAGCGAUUCAAAUCCAUCCCCAACAUCACAGAGCUCGAUCAUCUAACUGUCGCAGGAGAUGUAUCUUUCGGUAAAGGUGUACGACUCGCUGGUACAUGUAUCAUUGUCGCUAAUGAGGGUAACAAGAUCAUGAUUCCCGAUGGAACCAACCUCGAGAACAAGUUGAUUACCGGUAACCUUUCCAUCAUCGACCAUUAG